CUUGGUGAGACAUUGUCCAGGUGACUUUUCUGCAUUCGAAAGAAUAUUUCAAACACUCAAUUGUGGAAAAUAAUUCCCUAGAGCUCCAACAAAAUAUGGCACGCAGACAUAGACACAUGAUCGGGUACAGGAUUUUGCUAGUAAUUGCUAUUCCUACGAUGUACUACUUAUGCAUUAGUCUAGCGAGCUUGCUGACCAACGAUCCGGAGACCAGUGACAACUCCAAUCGAAUAAGAUUAAGAAAAUUGAUGAAUAUUGGAGAAGCGGAAGUGAAUGGAAGUGACAAUUGUACCCCUCCCUCGAUACAGGAAUUCCCAUCUGACGGAUUUACUGCUGAUGAGAGACGCUCCGGUUACAUACUAGUUCACAUUAUUUUGGCGUUGUAUUUAUUUCUUCUUGUUGCUAUCGUGUGCGACGAUUUUUUCGUACCUUCGAUACAACGCAUCUGUGAGAAAUUUGGAAUGCCAAAGGAUGUAGCGGGUGCUACAUUCAUGGCUGCAGCAACAUCGAGUCCCGAGUUAUUUAUCAAUGUCGUCGGUACAUUCAUAACAGAAGGAGAUUUAGGAAUAGGCACUAUUGUUGGCUCAGCAGUGUUCAAUAUUCUGGCGGUGCCUGCGUGUUGUGGACUCUUUGCAAGAGAGGUUCUAGAUCUUGAUUGGUGGCCAAUAACACGUGAUUCAAUGGCCUACGCGAUAACUGUCCUAUUACUCAUCAUAACUCUUCACGACGGUCGUAUCGAGUGGUACGAAGCAUUAAUUCUCGUUAUUGUCUAUAUUUUGUAUAUAGCGGCAAUGUACUUCAACAAAGAUAUCAGCCGAUGCAUGGGCUCAAUGGUCUCCAAACGGAGCCAAUACAAAAACCUAGACGAUCGUCCCCUUCUACCUAAACACAUUUCUGAUCCAAAAAUCACAGAUAGCUGUGAGUUCGAUGAAGAUGAAUCGCUGGAAAUAGUAAACAUGACAUCAUGGCCCGAAUCAAAAUGUGAAAAAUUCUGGUGGCUUCUCACUUGGCCAAUUAAUUUUGCUCUUCUGUGCACUAUACCAGAUAGUAGGAGGAAAUCACUAAAAUCUUGGUAUCCAGUGACUUUUUUCAUGUGCAUCAUGUGGAUAGCAACCAUGUCGUACAUUGUUGCUUGGGAUAUUACAAUUAUUGGCGAUACGUUCAAAAUUCCGGAUUCCGUGAUGGGUUUGACAUUUUUAGCUGCCGGAAUGAGUGUACCAGAGGCAGUUUCCAGCGUUAUCGUUACGAAUCAAGGUCACGGUACGAUGGGCAUCAGUAAUUCAAUCGGCUCGAAUGUUUUCGAUGUGUUACUGUGUUUGGGCUUGCCAUGGUUCAUCAAAGCGGCGUUUUAUCCAAAAAUACCUGGGACCAGUUAUGUACAGAUUAAUUCCGAGGGCCUAGUUUAUAGCUCGGUUUCACUCUUUUCAACUCUAAUUAUUCUCUACUUGGCAUUUUGCCUUAACAAAUUUAGAUUGGACCGUAAGGUCGGUCUCACUUGUAUCGUUACAUACGGACUUUUCCUUAUACUUGCAUCUUUAACGGAACUCAAUGUAUUUUUCCCAGUUAAUCGAUCUACAUGUGUUCACUGACGAUGUCUUAUGGCUUAGGCCCCCAAUUUAUCCCACAUUCAAUUGAUUUUUCAUAAUAUUUUAGUCUAAUAUUAACAUGUGCUAGGUAUUUAUCUAUUUCAUUGGAAUGUUUAACUUUAUCUUAUUAAGAUAUUCCAAAUAUGAUUGACAUGAUGAUUACCAAUAGGUUUUCGGUGAGAUCGAUCGGUCUGAGUAUGCUAAUAUAGUAGUUAUUGUGAGUGAUUAUAUAGGGACUAGAGAAUUUAUAUUUCUAGAUAUGAGAAAAACGGAAUCUUUUUUAUGUUCUGUUGAUAGAGCGGCUCAUGUACAGAGACUUAUCGUUCCGUAAUUGCCUAUGAGAAGUAACCAGUAGAAAACCAAAUAGAUUCUGUUUGAGUUGUAUUGCAUUGAAUCCCCUAUCCAAUUGUUUAAUAGUAAUAUUCUAUUCAAAAUCUCUAGCGAAAAAUAGCCUGAAAAUGGUGGAAAUUUUUAAUUUUAAAUAAUUAAACUUUUUUUUGUUAAAAAAAAAUUCUAUUACAAGUAUGAUAAAAUUUUAAUGCAUAUACAAUUAUGUUGUACAAUAAAUGAAAAAUUAUCAAUCUCUUUGAGAAUAUCGUAAUAUACCUUAUCGCCUUAUCAAAUUAAUGUGAAUAACUAUCCCAGAAAUAAAUGGAUACAAUAUUUCUAUCACUUACGAAAGAAGUAUGAACGAUAUUGGCUUUGAGAAAACACAAUAAGCUCAUCUAAAUCUUGGGUAACUUGCACCACCGAUAUUGGCUUUGUACCUUUUCAUAUACCUAUAUAACUAGUUGUAUACCAAACUUAAAGGUGAGGUGAUGUGAAGUGACAUAUACAUAUAUAAAAUAUCAUCAAACAUAACGAUGGAGAUUAAAAUUAAUCAUCUAAUCAACUUCUAAUUUACGAAA